AUGACAGAUUGCGCGAGUUCCGAACGCAUGGGCUCAAUGGCUACGCCAAUAAUUGUAAGCUCUGAUGAAGAAGUUGCCGUCAAUGGCAACUAUGACAGUGAUGGUUCGGGAGAUUAUGUGGAUCAUCUAGCAGAGUUGGAGGUCAUUUACAUGAAGAGGAAAGGUUCUUUGCACCGUCGUGUAUCGGACAGAAUCAAGGGCGUAAAGGCACCUUAUACACAACCAGCUGUAAAUCUUCCGCUUGCAUACACAUUGCGAAAUGUCCCUUGUGCGUCAGCUGCUUCUGACCGGGAUCUGGCCCCAUGGCCCUCCACUUCAGUGUCAGACGCUCCUGUCGAACAAUUCCAACCAAUCCCUGAUGCAGAAUAUGCCAACGCUGCAUCGACAAUGGGAGAAAAUAACGUACAAGACGACCUCGAAAGCAAGCCUCGUAGCACGACAGUACAGGGAAAGAACCCGAUGCAUUCAUCAGGGACACUCAUCGGUCCAGGCCGGCAGACCAAGGGGAAGUGUACUCACACGAAACCAUCGGCUUUCUCAUUACACCCAUUGACACCGGCCAAUGACACCUCCUCGAGGGCAUCACUAAAUCAGACCGACACCGGGCUUUCUGCAACUGUCUCCGAAGAUUUUAACCUUAGGCGUUUUCUCAUGAGGCUAGGGCUACCUCCGGAGCAAUAUGAAGAGAAGCUUCGUAAUGUCGGGUUGGAUAGCGAGGCUGUCGUCAAGGCAUGCAAGAGUUUGUCCGAGUAUUACCGCGGAGAGUUGAAGGAUUCUUUACUGGAGGUGGGGCUGAAGCCCGCAGAAUACGUCAUAAUAUUGUCUGGCCUGCAAGAUGAGUGA